AACACAAUCCACACAAUGAAACAACCUUAAUUCUUUAAAAAAGCUGCUCGCGUGCAGACGUUGUAAUCCGUAGUUCCGUGCUUUGCAUUCCUUCUAUUUGUGCUUGUUUGUUGGUGAACCAAUUAUGAAGUUCCUAAUUGUGCUAAGCGUGCUGGUGGCCGGUGCAUUGGCCUCCGGCGAUGGGCCAAAGGUUACGGAUAAGGUCUACUUCGAUAUCACGAUCGGUGGCAAACCGGAGGGACGCGUCGUGAUCGGUCUGUUCGGGGCGACCGUACCCAAAACGGCACGCAACUUCAAGGAGCUGGCCGAAAAGACGACCGUCGGAGAAGGCUACAAGGGCAGCAAGUUCCACCGGGUUAUCCGUGAUUUCAUGAUCCAGGGUGGUGACUUCACCAAGGGCGAUGGCACCGGAGGUCGCUCGAUCUACGGCGAACGUUUCGCCGACGAAAACUUCAAGCUGAAGCACUACGGCGCUGGCUGGCUGUCGAUGGCUAACGCGGGCAAGGACACGAACGGUUCGCAAUUCUUCAUCACGGUUAAGCAGACGAGCUGGCUGGAUGGGCGUCAUGUCGUGUUCGGCAAGGUGCUGGAGGGUAUGGACGUUGUGCGAAAGAUCGAGAACACCUCCACCGAUGGGCGCGAUCGGCCAUCGAGCGAUGUCGUGAUCGCUGACUGCGGUUCCAUGCCGGUCGAUGCACCGUUUGCCGUCGCGAAGAGCGAUGCCACCGAGUAAGCGCAUGAGUGAUAGAGCGAGAGAAAGAUAGAUAGAGAGAGAGAGAAAGGAUCUGGGCUUUUCUUUUGAUUCAACGAUCGACCCACGGGACCACAACGACGACGACAACGACGACGACGACGACGACAAAAACCGUUCCCAGUGAGACGGAUUAAGGUGUUGAAGAAGACCCAGGAGACGAUAUCGAUAUCUAUCUGUACCGGGGCGAGCAUCUCCAGCAUCCUGAUCACCACAUUCACCCAUUGCCUUACGCCGACGAUCGCGUCUUCUCGGUGCCGGACGAUGUCGAGUGUGGAGGGUUGGCGUUAGAGACGAUAGAACAGUCUGUCUGAUACUACAUAAUUCUCGUAAUAAAAGAAAGACCAGGGAGAGAUGGAGAAUAUUUUUACGUAAAAUUUACACAAA